UGCUUUCUCAUCUUUCUCUCUUUGGUCACUGACAAGUUCUUAGUUUUGUUUCACCCAUAUGAGAUUACUGGUCCUGACAUGGUAUAUAGCUACUAGUACUAGUUUCUUUGUGUGAUCCCCUUGUAGCUCCUUUUACACACUCAAUUUCCAGAUUUGUGUACUGUACUUUUUGCAGCAAAUACUUUGAGCUGCUCGAUUAGUUGUUGGAGCUUGCAUGGAAUUACCAGCGGCAGUAUGGGCACCUUGCGACUUCCAGAUGUCCAAUUAUUGGACAAUGGAUCCAGCAGUAUGGGGUCCUGGUUUCCCUGUGGAGUAUCAGUAUGCCACCACUGAGAUAUUUGGCAGCAGCCUCCGAUUUCCUCGAUAUGGAAGUGAAGACCUGAUUGAAAAAGCACCAGAACAAGAGUUUGAGGUUGAUUUCCAUGAGGUGGAAGUGGAAGUGAAGAUCAAUGACUACCUGAUACGUGAGUUCGAGGAAGAAGCACAAGAGUUUAGGGUUGAUAUGGACAUGAUGAAGAUGAAGAUCCAUAGGUACCCACCGAGCCUUCGAGCUUUUGAAGAAUGGUACUCCGUCCCAAGGAUGGUGGCCAUGGGCCCUUACCACCAUGCCCAUGUGCUCCCAGACCAGCUCAAGAAGGUGGAGAAGGCGAAGCAUGUGGCUGCCUACCGCUGCGUUAGGGAAUCAGGCCGCUCCCUUCAGGAGGUGUACAGUGCGGUCGUCUCAGCCGCGCACAAUGCCCGCCGCCUCUAUGACAAGCAAGUGAUGAGAGGUAUCGGUGACAGCGACUUCCUUCCCAUGAUGUUCUAUGAUGCUUGCUUCUUGGUGCAGUACAUGCUUUGGUGUACGCAUGGCGCGAGCGAGAUGGAGGCGUCAUUGCGUAGCUUCUUUGACUUCAACCGCAAGGUCCUCCGCCAUGACCUCAUGUUACUUGAGAACCAGCUCCCCUGGCUGGUGGUCGAGACCGUGAUGAGGUUCAGGCCCGUGAACUUGGUUGACUUCAUUGCUGACUGGAGAGACUAUCUGCAAGACCGCAAGGUUCUUGGACAAAAGCCUGUUGUCUUGGACGAGAGCUACGAGCCACCGCAUCUCCUUGGCCUCCUCCGGUUCUACAUCGUAGGGAAAAGCAACACCAAGCUGCACACUCGAGCCAAACUCGACUCGAUAUCAGUUUCUGUAAGUGCCAUCGAGCUUGCCGAGAUUGGCAUCACACUCACUGCAGCCAAGGACACCAUAGAGCUCAUUCACAUGGGCGUCAACAAGAGAGGGAUCCUCUCCGCGGAACUCUCUCUGGCGCCGCUGUCUCUGGAUGACGAGCGCGGAAGCUUUCUACUCAACAUGGCGGCUCUCGAGCUAUGCACGACCUCAAAUUUCCUAGCACCUGAAGCUGCAGAUGAAGACUCUGCCGUCUGCUCGUACCUCCUCCUCCUCUCCAUGUUGGUGCACAGGGAGGAGGACGUGCACGAGCUGCGAACGAAGCACCUCCUGCAAGGAGGAGCAGGGCUCAUCAACAAGGAAGCGCUUGGCUUCUUCACCAAGCUUCAGAGCCUGCCCCUGCACGGAUCCUGCUACGUCCGCGUCAUGGUAGAGAUUGAGAGAUACAAGGUCAGCAGGCGAUUGCGGUCCAAGGUGCACGCAUUUCUUUACAAGAACAAGAAAACCAUCUUCACGGUCUUCUCCGUCAUCAGUGUACUUGUCAGUAUCUUAGGGACCCUUAUGUCUCUCAAAGCUCGUUCAAAGCUUUAAUUACCA